AUAAGCUGGAUUAUUGUUCCCGUUUUAUUUUUAUAUGCGAAAUCCGUUCGUUACAUUUUUUACCCUUAGAUGGCGGAAAAUUUUCCACCUUUGCGCUUUCAUCCGGUAUAACAUUCUCAGUUGGUUUUCGGUUCUCGUGCCGGCAUGACAGCAUUUUACGGUAAAGGGUGGUAUCUAUUCCGAGAUUUUUUACACGUGAAUCUUUUAUAAAAAUUGAGUUUUUUACGCGAGUAAUUUUCAGUUUGCUUAAAUGUUCGAUUACGCGAGUAACUUUUGAACAGUGUUGUUUUCGUGGUGAGAAAAUGCGUUUAAAUUAUCGUGGCAUAAAAACAGCGGUUUUCUCGUUUGUUCGUUACCUAGAAUUUUGAAUUUUAUUAAUAUUUGUGACAUUUACUCCUCUUGACUGAGUUACUUAUUUAAUUUUUACGAGAUACUGAAUUCAGGAAAAUGGCGGGAAGCUGUUCAGUUGGCGGCUGCACGAAACUGUAAUGAUUUUGAAUUUCCCAUCACGUAGCCAAGGAGCGAAAAAAUUCCAUCAGAACGUGGACAGAAUCGCUCGAUAAAAUGAAUAGUUGGAGUAUCAAAAGGCAUCAAAGAACAGGCAUAACUACAUUAGGUAUUUUAGUAUACCGCCAAGAAAAAUAACUAGAACUUCAUGGAGAGUUCAAAUGCUUCGUACAAUUACAACGAUUCAUAUAAACAUACGAUAGCGUUAUUCGAUAGCGAGAAAACUUCGACAAAUGAUAAACUAAGCUAUCAUUCGGAUACGCAGACUUAUUGCUUUUGUUGCGACAGCGACGACGACAGUAUUGACAGAGAUCAAGCGGAAAAAGCUAAAGAGAAAUUUUUUAAAAAAUGUUUUCGUAUUUGUUUACUAUCGUGUAUCAUUAUCGGUUACACUUUUAUUGGAGCUGUGAUAUUUUUAGUCAAUGAAGAUAACGUGACCGCAAUGACGGAACAAAUUACGUCUGCAUUAAUAUCCGAUAAAUUAAUACCGGCUGUUACCAACGACACAGCUUAUAAAUGGUUUUCUAAGCUCGGCGAAGAUAGCAGAAAUAAAGCUGUACAAAAUAUAUGGAACAUAACGGUCAAUUUGAAUAUUUUAUAUAGACAAAAUUGGACUAUUUUAGCUGCCGAAGAGUUAAAUAACUUUCAAGAAAGACUGUUGGAAAAAUUAUGGCAAGAAAAAAUGUAUUUAGAAACGGUGGCUUACAAUCAAGAAUCGCAGAGAUCGACUGAACCCCCGCCAACGCACUGGAAAUUAGGAAAAGCAUUCUUAUAUUCUAUGUCCAUUCUAUCGACGAUAGGUUUCGGAAACACGUUGGCUCGAUCAUCAAACGGCAAACUGACGACGAUGUUAUACGCUUCGGUAGGUUUACCGGUUAUGUUCAUGUAUUUAUCGAGUAUGGGUAGUUUACUAUCAACGUGCGCCCGUCACGUAUUUUCGCGUACAUUAUGCUGUUGUCUCUGUUCGAAAUGCGGUUACUGCUGCUACGACGAAAAGUUAAUGGAAGAAAAGGAACGUCGUAUGAAACGAAAACGUCAGCAGCGCGAAUACCAGCAACAAAUCGCCGCCGCUAUGGCGUCUCAUCAUUCGCAACCGUUCUACGUUAAGUCUCCGUCGCUGAAUAGUCUAGAAAUCGCCACCGUUUCAGAAGAGAAACGUCAAAACUGCGAAACGUCCAGUAUAGACUCGAAAGUGCACAGCGAGUAUUCUCGUUUUUUAGCUCCGCUAACGGUCUGCUUUAUAUUUACGUUCGUUUACGUACUGCUGGGAUCGUUCAUGUUGCUGAAAUUCGAUAUAGGAUGGACGGUCGUCGAUAGCGUAUUUUUCAGUUUUAUGCUAAUUAGCACGAUCGGCAUCAGUGAUAACAUGCCGUUGGGUAGCGCUCUAUCUCUCAACGCUCAAUAUAUAAAUUCCAAUAAUAGUCUGUUAGUUUGGUUUUUCUCGUUUUACAUUUUCAUCGGACUAGGUUUCACGUCCAUGUGUUUCUGCACCAUACACGACGGCGUCAAACGUAAAAUGAACAAAUUAUAUACGUUUUCCGAUAAACUGCGAAAGAAACCAAACGAUAAAAAAGAUAACGAAUUCGAUUUAAUUACAAAAGAAGUCGUUUCACACGGUACCAGCGAUAUAUCUUGACAAAGGUCCGCGGUUCGCGCGAAUAAAGCGAACGGCGACGUUUUCACUACGAAUCAGUCCGAUUUAUAUACCGAUGAAGGGUACGGCGCGAAUCUAGUAACUAGUUUUAUCGGCGAUAACGGUUACCCGCAACCGGAAAUAGUCGCAAUAACAACUGGUAUACCGACGGUUAAUAUCAAAAGGGAAACACUUAGCAAGCAAAACAAAAACAUUUCAUUAAACAUUUUGCCAGAGGAAGACGAAGAAAACGUAGAGGUUUAGCGAUUUCGUUUCACUAAGAAAACUUCGUUUCAUCGUUUGUUCGUUUCUACCGCAUAAUGCUGUCAAAUAUUAUAAUAAAAGUUGCCGAAAAGUUUAAUACAA